AUGACAACGCCCGACAAGGACGAAAAGAUCGGCGGUGGUGGCGGCGGCGCGGCGACGUCUGUUCAGGAUGUCCUUCCCACCUCGCCCCACGUCGACGCCUCGAGCAGCAGCGUCGACCACAAGUCGCUCGUCGACACGCCAUCCCGCGAGGACGCGAGCGACGAACAGGCGCCGUCCUACUCCAACAAGUACGGCGGCAUCUCUGAGCUGCUGGGCCUCGGGGACCGGCCGCCACCGGCCCAGGUGGCCUGGACGGGCAAGCGCUCCUGGUUCCGCUCGACCUUUACCCAGGCCACCAUCCUCGGCAUGUGCAGCUUCCUCUCGCCGGGCCUCUGGGGCGCCCUCGCGGCGCUCGGUGCCGGCGGCUCGCAGAACGUCUCGACCGUCAAUGCCGCCAACUCGCUCACCUUUGGUCUCAUGGUGCUCACCGCCGCCUUUACCUCGGCCCUCGUCAACGUCACCUCGAUCAAGUUCGCCUUGAUCUUUGGCACCAUGGGCUACGCUCCCUACGCCGCCGGACUCUACCUCAACUCCAAGACGGGCGCGCAGUGGCUCGUGAUCUUUGGUGCCGCGUGCUGCGGCGUCUCGGCCGGCGUCUUCUGGUCGGCUGAGGGAGCCAUCAUCCUCGCCUACCCGGAACGGAGGAGACAGGCGCGGUACAUCUCCUAUUGGCUCAUGUUUCGCGUCCUGGGUCAGCUGCUCGGCGGCAUCAUCAACCUCAGCUUGAACGCCAACAACAGCGAAGCGGGCAGCAUCUCGCUCGACACGUACCUCGUCUUUGUCAUCCUGCAGUGCCUGGCGCCCUUCUGCGCCAUGCUCCUCAGCCCGCCGCACCGGGUGCAGCGCACCGACAAGACGCCCGUCUACCUCAACAUCAACACGAGCACGCGCAACGAGCUUUGCCGGAUGUGGAAGACGGUGACGAGCCCAAAGGUGCUCCUGCUGCUCCCCAUGAUCUGGCAGGGCACCUGGUCCGAGGCCCUCAUCGGCACCUACGCCGCCAUCCACUUUACGGUGCGCUCGCGCGCCCUGGGCUCGCUCCUGUCGGCCGUCUGCGCGUCGCUGUGCAACUACGCCCUUGGCUUCUACCUCGAUUGGAAGCGGCCCGCCAUCAACACUCGCGCCAAGAGCGCUUUCCUUGCCGUCUACUCGCUCCAGGCCGGCCUCUGGAUCUGGGCCAUCUACAUCAUGCACGAGUAUACCGAGACCAAGCCCACCCUCGACUGGACCUCGGACGGCUACGGGCGCGGCUUCGCGCUGUACAUCUUCCUCCAGGUCGGCUUCAACAUGAUGUACGAGUACGUCUACUUCCUGAUCGGACACAUCAACGACGACCCGGGCGAGAUCGUGCGCAUCGCCUCGGUCGUCCGCGGCAUCGAGUCGGCUGGACAGGCCGUAUCGUACGGCGUCAAUUCGACCGGCCUGCGGCUGGAUGCCGUGGCGGGGAUCAAUAUGGCGCAGUGGGCGAUCUGCCUGGUCCCCGCGUGGCUCGUGAUCCGCAAGCUGGGCAUCCUCGCCGACGGCACGCGCAUCCACGAGGCGCGGAUCUACGCUCCGGAGGAGAAGCGCGAGGCGCUCAAGAAGAGUGGCAUCAGGGAGGCGGAGCACGACGGCACGGGCGACGUCCUCGAGCGGCGGCAGUAG